AUGAGCCGGGCAGAACCGGAGGACAGAGUCUCGUCUACAAGCGAAGACUCUCUCCCUCCCCCUCGCCUCAACUCUUCCAACGCAGAACCUCCGAUCCGGAGUCUCCCCCUCAGUGACUUGUACCCGUUUCACGGUCAACCCGAGAGGAGCGUCGUUCCGUUCUUACAGCCGAUCACCGUAGGCCCAGCUGCCGCGGACGAUAACCUCACGAACGGUGUUGACUUCUCUUCCGGGAAGCCCGGAUCAUCGAGAAUCAUGAGGCUGUUUUCCAGCUCCAGGAAGGAUUCUUUCACCGCGCCUGCCACCGAAAGUCCCGUUGGUCUCCCCGGACUCGGCAUGGUGGACUCAUUUAAAAAGCUACGCUCCUCAGUUCUCCAGGGGAUUCAGAGCCGUGGAGCAAGUGGACUAGUUGGGAAGUGUGCAACUGAAAACGUCAAUACCGUCUCAAAUGAUGCCACUGAUUAUCUGUCUAACGGAAAUUUGACCGCAAGUCACUGUGACUCGGAAAUUGACGAUGACGAGGACAUCGAAGGCCUUCAACGUAAUUCCCGCUUCUCGCGGAGUAUGAGGAGGGCGUACGGGUCAGGACGCAUUAUCAUGUCAGACAAAAAUGAAGAGCGCAUUGCAGAAGGUAGCAUAGAACACAAGAAAGCAAAGAUCAACGGGCAAGCGGAAAACAUCUCUCAUACAACUGUGCUAAGCAAAUUGAGUAAGAGUGCGGAAAACCUUCCUGUUUUUAAAAUACCGUUCAGACGCAAAGCCCCUACGCCGUCCCCUCAGUCAGCUCCCCAGAAGGGUACCUCAUCAAACGGGACACCGAACAUUCAGAGGACCACCAGUGCUUCCUCAGCCGACUUCGCCGAUCGCAGAAAGACCUCAAUGAGGAUGAAGGCACCCAUGUUUAAGCUGGUCGGCAGCAUGACCGACUUAAACAUCUUGCGCAGGCCAAGUCGCUCGCCCUCCCCAGGCCCACCCACUCUGAUGUCACCCCUGAGCAGUCUCCACGACGACUACUCCCGACGCGUGCCUUGCCGCAGUGCUAGUGAGCGCCGGCGCCGACCCUCGCCCGUCAGAGCCCGGGUCAUGUCUGCGGGGCACGCCGUAUUGGUUCAUGCGCCACCCGAAUGUAACGUUGCAGCGGAAGAUGGAUCGCUGGAGAUUGCCACAUGCGGGUUUGUGACAGUGAACCGUUCCCCUCCAGAAAGCCAAAAAGAAGACCUACCAAAUGAGGUGACAUCAGAGGAGCAAAGGCAGGAAGUGUUGGGCCAAGCCAAUGGUGACUCCCCGGAAACCAGCGGGAGCACCUCUCCCCUUUCCCCAGUCUUCCUCUCGGAGUCCCCAACGUCGCCCAGCCCAGAGACCACCGCUGUCAAGUCCCGGCGACGAAGCGGGCGCCCGAGACCACGGCCCAUCUCGGACUACGGACAGCUUCUCUCCAGGAGGCAUUGCAUUCCCGAGGAGGCGGUCGUGUUGAACCCAGAUGAGAGGACACGGUCCCUAAAUCAGGAUGGCAUCGGGAACGGAGUUUGUGAAAGUGGAGAGGAGUGCACCGUGGAUGGGAACGUACCUGGCAGGUUGCCACAGAGACCCGUGUCCGUAAUGGGAGUGGAGGACUUGUUUUCCCCCGAUGAGGAGCAUCUUCCCUCUCCUCUGUCACGGCCGCCCAUUCCCUCCCAUCAGGUGCCCCCCUACAAGGCCGUUUCGGCCAGGUUCCGCCCCACCCUCCUCUCCCAGAGCACCCCCAUCGGACUGGAUCGCGUGGGCAGGAAAAAGCUGCACCGAGUGCUUAGCGAUGGUGUUUCGGACAGUUCAGCAGCGCUGGACGACAGCGUGAGUGAAGAAGAAGAGGAAGAAGGUAGUUUUGACGCCGAUAUAACACCAUACCUGGAACCGGGCGUGGAACUGUCUAUGCUAGUCGAGUUGGCGCAGUGGAUAAGCUCGGGCCACGCCGUGUAUGCCGAAGCCCUGUGGGACCAUGUGACCAUGGAGGAAGAGGAGCUGGCCUUCAAGGCGGGAGAUGUAAUCCGCAUCCUUGAUGCCUCGCACAAGGACUGGUGGUGGGGCAGGGGGCCCGAGAAGGAGGCCUGGUUCCCAUCCUGCUUUGUCCGGGUGCGAGUGAACCAGGAGGACUCGAGCGCAGGGAGUGUGGAAAGUGUUGCGGACCAGGAGGACCCAGUUCCCCGGGAGGUGCACAGCAGCCAGCACAGGCAGCAGAUGAGGACCAACGUGGUGCAGGAGAUUAUGAACACAGAACGUAUCUACAUUAAACACCUGAAAGACAUUUGCGAGGGCUACAUCCGGCAGUGCCGCAAGCACCCAGACAUGUUCACUGAGCCACAACUGAAGACCAUCUUCAGCAAUAUUGAGGAUAUCUACCAGUUCCAGAGGCAGUUCCUACGUGACUUGGAGAAGAAGUACAACAAGGAGCAACCACAUCUCAGCGAAAUUGGCUCGUGCUUUCUCUUGCAGGGCGAAGGCUUUUCCAUCUACUCUGAGUAUUGUAACACCCACCCAGCAGCCUGCGCAGAACUGCAGCGCUUAAUGAAGUCUAGCCGUUACAAGCACUUCUUCGAAUGGUGCCGCCUCCUUCAACAGAUGAUUGACAUCUCAAUCGCCGGUUUCUUGCUUACUCCUGUGCAGAAGAUCUGCAAAUAUCCCUUGCAGCUGGGGGAGUUACUCAAAUACACCCCCAAAGACCACAGUGACCACAGUGGUGUGAGCGAUGCGUACGAGGCCAUGAAGAACGUAGCGAGUCUGAUCAACGAGAGAAAGAGGCGGCUAGAGAGCGUCGACGCCAUUGCUCAUUGGCAGGUGGCCAUUCUACGCUGGGAGGGACCUGACGUGCUAGUACGCAGCUCCGAGUUAAUCCACUCGGGAGAGCUGACUCGAAUCCUGCGCCAGGGAAAAAUGCAGCAACGUAGCUUCUUCCUGUUCGACCAUCAGCUGGUCUUCUGCAAGAAGGACGUCCUCCGCCGGGAUCUACUUCACUAUAGAGGCCGUCUUGACAUGGACAUCACCGAAGUGCUUGAUAUACCUGAUGGGAGGGACCCGGACCUGGGCCUGACCCUGAGGAACGCCCUGCGCCUGCGCAACGCUGAAACACUAGAGUUUGUGUGCAUGCUGUGCUGCAGGAAGCUUGAGGACAAGGAGAGGUGGCUGCAAGCCUUUAGCAAGGAGAGGAGGCGCGUCAAAGAGGACCAGGAGAUGGGUAUAGAAAUCAGCGAGGAGCAAAGAAAGCAAGCUAUCGCCAAUGCCAGAAGAGCCAAACAAGGCAAAAUCAAGACUGUGGGCUACUCCGGUUCCGUCCCGCCACACCACCAAACCCUCCACCCACUCCACCAACGGCACGUCACCAUCCCCACCAGCGUGCCGCAACAGCAGGUGUUUUCUCUGGCCGAACCCCCAAAACGAAAGCCUUACCAGCUGCUAUACAGCAUCACCCGAAAUGCCCUUUUUAAAAAAUCAACCUGA